AUGGCUCGUACCAAGCAAACCGCUCGUAAGUCCACUGGUGGCAAAGCCCCGCGCAAGCAGCUCGCCACCAAGGCCGCCCGUAAAUCGGCACCUGCCACUGGCGGUGUCAAGAAGCCGCACCGUUAUCGCCCGGGUACGGUCGCUCUACGUGAGAUUCGUCGCUACCAGAAAUCAACGGAGCUUUUGAUCCGUAAGCUUCCUUUCCAGCGUCUGGUGCGUGAAAUUGCCCAGGACUUCAAGACGGACCUGCGCUUCCAAGGCUCGGCCGUACUUGCCCUGCAGGAGGCCGCUGAGGCUUACCUCGUUGGUCUGUUUGAAGACACGAACCUGUGUGCUAUUCACGCAAAGCGUGUGACGAUUAUGCCAAAGGACAUCCAGUUGGCCCGCCGCAUCCGUGGCGAACGCUCUUAA